AUGUGGAUACCUACGGAGCACGAGAAAUACGGCGUCGUUAUUGCCAGUUUUCGAGGAACUGUGCCAUAUGGUCUGUCAUUGGAAAUUGGAGAUACAGUUCAGAUCCUGGAGAAGUGCGAUGGCUGGUACAGAGGCUUUGCCUUAAAAAACCCGAAUAUCAAGGGUAUAUUUCCUUCCAGCUAUGUUCACUUGAAAAAUGCCUGUGUAAAGAACAAAGGACAAUUUGAAAUGGUUAUUCCCACUGAAGACUCUGUGAUCACAGAAAUGACAUCAACAUUAAGAGACUGGGGAACUAUGUGGAAACAACUUUAUGUGAGAAAUGAAGGUGAUCUCUUCCACCGACUGUGGCACAUCAUGAAUGAAAUCCUGGAUCUGCGGCGGCAGGUGUUGGUGGGGCACCUCACCCAUGACCGGAUGAAGGACGUGAAGCGCCACAUCACCGCCCGCCUGGACUGGGGCAACGAACAACUGGGACUGGACCUGGUACCUAGGAAAGAGUAUGCAAUGGUGGAUCCAGAGGACAUCAGCAUUACUGAGCUCUACCGAUUGAUGGAGCAUCGACAUCGGAAGAAAGAUACCCCAGUGCAGGCCAGCAGUCACCACCUCUUUGUGCAGAUGAAGAGUCUCAUGUGUUCCAACCUGGGAGAGGAGCUUGAGGUCAUCUUUUCACUGUUUGACAGUAAAGAGAAUCGACCAAUCAGUGAGAGAUUUUUCUUGAGGCUAAAUAGAAACGGGCUUCCCAAAGCCCCAGAUAAACCAGAACGACACUGCUCUCUCUUCGUGGACUUGGGUAGCAGCGAGCUCAGAAAGGACAUCUAUAUCACUGUGCACAUCAUCCGAAUCGGUCGAAUGGGGGCAGGAGAAAAAAAGAAUGCCUGUAGUGUCCAGUACCGGCGACCCUUUGGCUGUGCAGUUCUUAGUAUUGCUGACCUGCUGACGGGAGAGACGAAAGAUGACCUCAUCCUGAAAGUGUACAUGUGUAAUACAGAGAGUGAGUGGUAUCAGAUCCACGAGAACAUCAUCAAGAAGUUGAACGCGCGUUAUAAUUUGACUGGCUCCAAUGCGGGUUUAGCUGUUUCUUUACAACUCUUGCAUGGAGACAUUGAACAAAUCAGAAGGGAAUACUCAUCAGUAUUUUCUCAUGGAGUAUCCAUCACCAGGAAGUUGGGUUUUUCUAAUAUUAUUAUGCCUGGUGAAAUGCGGAAUGAUUUAUAUAUCACUAUAGAAAGGGGAGAAUUUGAGAAAGGAGGAAAGAGUGUGGCCAGAAACGUGGAAGUUACGAUGUUCAUUGUAGAGAGUAGUGGCCAGACCCUGAAGGACUUUAUAUCCUUCGGCUCUGGAGAGCCACCGGCUAGCGAGUACCACUCCUUUGUUCUUUAUCAUAACAACAGCCCCAGGUGGUCCGAGCUGCUGAAACUUCCUAUCCCCGUGGAUAAAUUCAGGGGUGCGCACAUCCGCUUCGAGUUCCGGCAUUGUUCCACAAAGGAGAAAGGAGAGAAGAAAUUGUUUGGCUUCUCCUUUGUUCCCCUGAUGCAGGAAGAUGGUAGGACACUUCCAGAUGGCACGCACGAGCUCAUUGUGCAUAAGUGUGAAGAAAACACAAAUCUUCAGGAUACCACCCGCUACCUCAAACUUCCUUUUUCCAAGGGCAUUCUCCUUGGGAAUAAUAAUCAAGCCACGAAGGCCACAAAGGAGUCUUUUUGGAUAACAUCUUUUCUCUGUUCCACAAAACUGACACAAAAUGGUGAUAUGCUUGAUCUUUUGAAAUGGAGAACCCACCCAGACAAGAUCACAGGCUGUCUCUCUAAAUUAAAAGAAAUUGAUGGCUCCGAGAUAGUAAAGUUUCUGCAAGAUACACUGGAUACCUUAUUUGGAAUUUUAGAUGAAAAUUCCCAAAAAUAUGGGUCUAAAGUGUUUGAUUCAUUGGUUCACAUAAUCAAUUUGCUGCAAGAUAGCAAAUUUCAUCAUUUUAAACCUGUAAUGGACACUUACAUCGAGAGUCAUUUUGCUGGGGCACUUGCAUACAGAGAUCUCAUCAAAGUACUCAAGUGGUAUGUGGACCGGAUCACAGAAGCAGAGAGACAAGAGCACAUCCAAGAGGUGUUGAAGGCCCAAGAAUAUAUUUUUAAGUAUAUUGUUCAGUCUCGAAGGCUGUUUUCCCUUGCCACCGGAGGACAGAAUGAGGAGGAAUUUCGCUGCUGUAUUCAGGAGCUGCUCAUGUCAGUUCGUUUUUUUCUUUCACAAGAAAGCAAAGGAUCUGGAGCAUUAUCUCAAUCACAGGCUGUGUUUCUGAGCUCCUUCCCAGCUGUGUAUUCGGAGCUGCUGAAGCUCUUUGACGUCCGGGAGGUGGCCAACUUGGUCCAGGACACCCUGGGCAGUCUGCCGACGAUAGUGCACGUGGAUGACGCCCUGCAGGCUGUUAAACUGCAGUGCAUUGGCAAGACCGUGGAAAGCCAGCUCUAUACCAACCCAGAUUCCCGGUAUAUUCUUUUACCUGUCGUGCUACAUCACCUCCACAUGCACUUGCAAGAACAGAAGGACCUGAUCAUGUGUGCACGGAUCCUUAGCAAUGUAUUUUGUCUCAUCAAGAAAAAUAGCUCAGAAAAAUCUGUGCUGGAGGAAAUAGAUGUGAUAGUGGCUAGCCUGCUGGACAUCCUGCUGAGAACCAUCUUGGAGAUCACCAGUCGUCCGCAGCCAUCUGGCUCCACCAUGAGGCUUCAGUUUCAGGAUGUCACGGGGGAGUUUGUUGCUUGUCUCCUGUCCCUAUUACGGCAAAUGACAGAUAGACAUUAUCAGCAGCUUCUUGAUAGUUUCAAUACAAAAGAAGAACUAAGGGAUUUCCUGCUGCAGAUAUUUACUGUGUUCCGAAUAUUGAUACGCCCAGAGAUGUUUCCAAAGGACUGGACUGUCAUGCGCUUGGUGGCUAACAACGUCAUUAUUACAACAGUUCUGUACCUGUCAGAUGCACUUCGGAAGAACUUCUUAAAUGAAAACUUUGAUUAUAAGAUCUGGGAUUCCUACUUUUACCUUGCGGUCAUUUUUAUAAACCAGUUGUGUCUGCAGUUAGAGAUGUUUACACCUUCCAAAAAGAAAAAGGUAUUAGAAAAAUAUGGUGACAUGCGGGUAACAAUGGGUUGUGAAAUUUUCAGCAUGUGGCAAAAUCUAGGAGAGCACAAGCUCCAUUUCAUCCCUGCCCUGAUCGGCCCCUUCCUGGAAGUAACCUUGAUACCCCAGCCAGAUCUCCGCAAUGUCAUGAUUCCUAUUUUCCACGAUAUGAUGGACUGGGAGCAGAGGCGGAGUGGCAAUUUUAAACAGGUGGAAGCCAAGCUCAUUGACAAACUGGACAGCCUGAUGUCCGAAGGCAAAGGCGAUGAAACCUACCGUGAGCUCUUCAACAGUAUAAUUCCACUCUUUGGUCCCUAUCCUAGUCUACUAAAGAAAAUUGAGCGGGAAACAUGGAGAGAAAGUGGUGUUUCCUUAAUCGCCACUGUAACUCGGCUGAUGGAGAGGUUGUUAGAUUACAGGGACUGCAUGAAAAUGGGCGAGGUAGAUGGCAAAAAGAUUGGCUGCACCGUGAGCCUCCUGAACUUCUAUAAGACUGAACUGAACAAGGAGGAGAUGUAUAUACGCUACAUCCACAAACUCUAUGAUCUGCACCUCAAAGCACAGAAUUUCACAGAGGCUGCGUAUACGCUGUUGUUAUAUGAUGAGCUGCUGGAAUGGUCUGACCGGCCCCUCCGGGAGUUCCUGACCUACCCCAUGCAAACAGAAUGGCAGCGCAAGGAGCACCUGCACCUCGCCAUCAUCCAGAACUUUGACAGAGGCAAGUGUUGGGAGAACGGCAUCAUCUUGUGCCGGAAGAUUGCAGAGCAGUACGAGAGUUACUAUGAUUACAGAAACCUGAGCAAGAUGAGGAUGAUGGAAGCCUCUUUGUAUGACAAAAUUAUGGACCAGCAGCGUCUUGAACCAGAGUUCUUCAGAGUUGGAUUUUAUGGGAAAAAGUUUCCAUUUUUCUUAAGAAAUAAAGAGUUUGUAUGUCGAGGGCAUGACUACGAAAGACUGGAGGCCUUCCAGCAGAGAAUGCUGAACGAGUUCCCCCACGCCAUCGCCAUGCAGCAUGCCAACCAACCCGAUGAGACCAUCUUCCAGGCAGAAGCUCAGUAUUUGCAGAUAUACGCCGUGACUCCCAUCCCAGAAAGCCAGGAGGUCCUUCAGAGAGAAGGUGUCCCAGACAACAUCAAAAGUUUCUAUAAAGUGAAUCACAUCUGGAAAUUCCGCUACGACAGACCAUUUCACAAAGGCACGAAAGAUAAAGAGAAUGAAUUCAAGAGUCUCUGGGUGGAAAGAACAUCACUAUACUUGGUGCAGAGUUUACCUGGAAUUUCCCGCUGGUUUGAAGUGGAGAAGCGUGAAGUGGUAGAAAUGAGUCCUCUGGAAAAUGCUAUUGAAGUGCUGGAGAAUAAGAAUCAGCAGCUGAAGACUCUGAUUAGUCAGUGUCAGACAAGACAGAUGCAGAAUAUUAAUCCCCUAACCAUGUGCCUGAAUGGAGUUAUAGACGCUGCGGUUAAUGGUGGAGUUUCCAGGUAUCAAGAGGCAUUCUUUGUCAAGGAAUAUAUCUUAAGUCACCCCGAAGAUGGAGAGAAAAUUGCACGGUUAAGAGAGCUGAUGCUUGAGCAGGCACAGAUUUUGGAAUUUGGCUUGGCCGUGCACGAGAAGUUUGUGCCUCAGGAUAUGAGACCCCUUCACAAGAAGCUGGUCGACCAGUUCUUUGUGAUGAAGUCCAGCUUGGGGAUUCAGGAAUUCUCCGCAUGUAUACAAGCCAGUCCAGUCCAUUUUCCUAAUGGAAGCCCUCGUGUGUGUAGAAACUCAGCACCUGCUUCCAUGAGCCCAGAUGGUACCAGGGUAAUUCCUCGACGCAGCCCAUUAAGUUACCCAGCUGUCAACCGAUACUCUUCCUCCUCACUGUCCUCACAAGCGUCUGCUGAAGUAAGCAAUAUUACAGGGCAAUCAGAAAGCUCUGAUGAAGUCUUUAACAUGCAGCCAAGUCCAUCUACCUCAAGCUUGAGUUCUACUCACUCCGCCUCACCUAAUGUGACAAGUUCUGCUCCCUCGAGUGCCAGAGCUUCUCCUCUGUUGUCCGACAAACACAAACAUUCCAGAGAAAACGCUUGCCUGUCCCCGAGAGAGCGGCCAUGCAGCGCCAUCUAUCCGACACCUGUGGAACCUUCUCAGAGGCUGCUGUUUAAUCACAUUGGAGAUGGAGCCUUGCCACGCAGUGACCCCAAUCUUUCUGCGCCUGAGAAAGCUGUGAACCCCACCCCUAGCAGCUGGAGCCUGGACAGUGGGAAGGAAGCCAAGAACAUAGCAGAUGGUGGGAAGCUCAUCUCUCCCCCAGUCCCUCCACGGCCCACACAGACUGCUUCACCAGCAAGGCACACGGCAUCAGUAUCCCCCUCGCCUGCUGGGCGAUCUCCACUGAAGGGCUCCGUGCAGUCCUUCACCCCGUCCCCCGUGGAGUACCACUCCCCAGGACUCGUCUCCAGCUCCCCCGUGCUGUCGGGCAGCUACAGCAGUGGGAUUUCCUCCCUCAGCCGGUGUAGCACGUCGGAGACCUCAGGCUUCGAGAAUCAGGUGAAUGAGCCAUCCGCGGCGCCGCCGGGGCCGGAGGAGCCGGUGCGCAAGGAGAGCAAGACGCCGCCGCCCUACAGCGUGUACGAGCGGACUCUGCGGCGCCCCGUGCCGCUGCCUCACAGCCUCUCCAUCCCCGUCACCGCCGAGCCGCCCGCCUUGCCCCCCAAGCCCCUGGCGGCGCGGUCGGGCCACCUGGAGAACGGGACCAGGAGGACGGACCCCGGCCCGCGGCCCAGGCCCCUGCCCCGGAAAGUCUCCCAGUUAUAA